CUAUGCCAUGCCUCCUAAAGGAAAGUCAAAGGCACAAAACAUUAAGUUUUCCCAGUUAGGAAAAUAUACAUCAAACAGAAAAAAAAUCAACGAUAUGGAUUUGAAAAUUUCAAAUCAGAGUAACCUAAUUGAGGAAAAACAAAAACAAUUAGCAGCAUUGAGCAGUGAGAUAACUUUGAUUGAAAGGGAUGUUGAUAAGUUAAGAAAUAGAUUAGCUAGAAAAAGAAAACGUGUUAGACACCUAAACUAUGAGUGUAGUAAGAAUAGAGUGGACUCUGAAGUCAAAUUUAGCAUCAGCAAGGUAACAGCUGAGAGGCGUAGUAAAUUCCCAUCAUCUAGUGAUUUAAAUAGAUCAGCAAAAGAUACACGUCGUCUGGAAACAUUUGAAGCUUGUUCUGCCAUUCACGGAGGGUCUAAGGAAUCUGUUCAGCCGGUUAUGUUUGGUAUGAUUGACACAUUGUGUUCGAAAAUCCCCUCAAAAAUGUUUGCAAAAAGUUUAUUGAAUGCUAAAUCAUCUGUAGUAAAACAGAUAAAGGAAACUACCAUCAAAAUAGCAAAUGAAGAAUUUUACAAUUCAGAAGAUAAUAAACUACGUUCUCUCAAUGUUUUUUACAGCCACAAUGUCAUGGGGAAAGCUAAAUACAUGGCAAUUAGAAAGGCAAAUAGAAUUUCCCAGAAUAAACAGAAUUCAGUGGUUAAUUAUAUUCAGUAUCCUCAUUUAGCAACCAUUAUCAAUAACAUUGAUAUAGGAACACUACAUGACAUACAUCCAACUCUAACCUUUGGAGAUGAAACAAAAUCAGUUACAGGAAAUUAUAGAUCGUGUGAUGAAUUUUUGUUACGAUUGGCAAAAUUCUAUUUAAAAGUGAAUCGUCAACGGAGUGACAAACUAAAAACAUUCAAUAUGCUUGAAAAAAAAGAUUUUGAAUCUUUUCUGUUUGUAUUUGCUCUUGGUGGGGAUGGAGCUCCUAUUUGUGGUAUGUCAUUUUUAGUCUCUUUUCUUAAUGUUGGUAAUCGGAUAUGCAGCAGCUCCGAAAACUUUUUAAUUUUUGGUGGUGAUACUGAGGAAAAUUCUACUGUUGUACGCAAUUAUGUUCUCAAGUUGUUGUCGGACGUGAAGUUUUUGGAAAGUCAGGUUUUCACUGUUUAUGUUGAUGAAGUUGCCUACAAAGUUGAAUUUUUAUUGGGUGAAUUACCUAACGAUAUGAAGAUGUUGGCUUUUUUGGCUGGGGAACUAACAAAUUCAGCCUACUACUUUUCAACGUUCGGAAAUGUAAAUAAAGAUAAUUCAGCCAAAUUUGAAUAUACAUACGGAACCAAGCAAAGUGACAAAUGGAUGCCCUUCAACUAUCACAAACGCAUAAGUGAUGCCAAAAAGGUUGAAGGUAAAAAAAAAGAAAUCGAAGUUAAAUGCAAAGGAAAUAGUGCAACGAAACGUAGUAACUUGACAUCUUAUAUAUCUAAAGUUUUGAAAGGUAGACAAGAAGAAGUCCCCUUGGUUGGCCAUUAUAUUGAUAAAGCAAAAGGCGAACCUCUUCAUCUGAAGAACAAUGUCGUCAAAGAGCACUUCAUGAAGUUAUUCAAUCUAUGUUUGGCAACUGCUCCAUUGAAUUCCUACAAAGCAUUUAAAGAUAUACCUUCCUCACAUGCUUUAAUUAAAUUUGUUAAUUUUAUACGUUCAGCAAUGGGAUGUAAUUUUUUGUCGAAAAAAAUUAUCCGGUGGUUUAAUGAAAGCAGUUCUAAGAAUGAAAGUAGUUUCACUUUUCGUUUUCGUGGAAAGGAGAGUAAAGCCUUUCUUUGUCAUUUCCCAGAAUUAAAUUUACUUAUUUUAAAUGAAUUGAAGAGUGAACAAAUGAAAAUAAGGCUGCAUCAAAUCCAUUUUCAGUUCAUAUGUUUGCGAAAAAUUAUUUCACUAUCAGUACGUGUAGAGAAUUUCAAUUUGGAACUUUUAAAAGAUUUAAAGAAGCAAUGUAAACUACUUUUCAAGUCAAGCUGUUGGUAUGAUGUAAGCGUCUCACCCAGUUUAUGGACUUUAUGUAACUGCAUACCUUUCCAUGCUGAAAGUACUUUGCUGUGCUACGGUUUCGGAAUUGGAUGUAAUAGUAUGGAAGGGCGGGAGCAAAAGCACCAGAUGAUUGUAAAGUAUUCUAACAAUACCACUUUCCAAUGUCGCUGGCCAAGAAUUUUCCGUCACGAGUACAUACAAUUGUUGCAUCUGAGAGAAAACGGUUACGAUAAGUUGCACUAUGUUUCAAGAGGAUCUGAUUACAUACCAGAGAGAGAUAUGUGUUGUGAACAUUGCUUGCUGCUUGUUAGAAAUAACUUGAAAUGCCAACUAUGUGAGAGUGCUUUCAUGAAAAAGGUUUUUUCUGAUUUAGAAAUUUAGACACCGUUUUUUGUUUAAAAGUUCAGUAUGUUGAUAGUUCGUGUUAGAUGUAUAUUUUCCUUAUUUCCUUAUUCUGCUAUAUACUUUUUGUUUGCAUAACAUUUGCAAUGUAUAUUUGUGAAUCAGUGAGAUAGUGUCUUUCGCAAGAGUAUGAAUAUUAAUUUUCCCAAUUAGAAAGCUCAAAGAAAUCAAUUUUUUAAUAUAAAUGUGUGUGAAUUAAUGUUUUGUCAGAACAUUUGGUACAUAAAUGUUUACGACGUAAUCAUAUAGAAAGUAUGGUGACUAUUACAGCAUAAAAUUUAUAAUAUUUACAUCAAAGAAUAUGUAUUUUAUACAAAUAUAUUUUAUUUUUAUGAGCAUGGCAAUGCCAAAUUUUCUCUUGCAAAAGAAAACAAAUUCUAGAUCAUCAUCAUUUUUUUCUGUGAAUAGAUGUUAUAAAACACUAGCUAUAUGAUAGUUUAUAUUUUAUUAAAAAAAAGUUUUCAUAGUUCAUAUGUUUUAUUUAAACAGAGUUGUUGUGUUAUUAUUUGCUUCAUAUUGAGAUACAAUGUGUCACAAAAGUAGUUUUUGUUGUUUGACUGUCCUGUGUGUUCUGGCAGCUAGCUAGCUGUGCUGCCUCCAUCCCAUCUUCUUUUUAUUUUUUAUUAUAUGCAAUAAUGAGUAACGGUAGCUACGAAAGCCAUAAAAUAACAAUAAUUUAUCCAUUUUUUACUCGUUAUAUACCAAAUCAAAACUUUAAACACUUGCAGCAACCUUUCAGUGUGUUUAGCCAGGUAGCCAUUUUUAUUUUUCUACAAAUCUCUCCAUCGCGCUGCUGUUGUACCUGCUAUUGUGAAAACCUAGGUUGCAAUUGAAGGAGUGUCGAAUUGCGGCGCAAACUCCAUGUAACAAUCCUUGACAAAAUAGCCAGGCCGUUUGAAAAAUACGAGUUAAGCAUUUUCACACGGGAAAUAGCCCGCCGUGGUUGUGUGCGAAUAAAGUAAUGUUGAAAAUGCAAACUAAAAGCCACGGUUAAAACAUGUUUUCUACUUUUUUAUUUCACUUAAAAAUACAACAAUUUUGUGUACUUGCAAAAAUGAAGACAAAAACGGGGGUAUAAAACCAUGUCUUUGCUGUACUACUGCUGUAUUGAAAAACAUGAUCACUACUCACCCUCUAUUUUUUUCCUUUUAGUCAAACAAUACAAAAUUAUAAUGGCAGAACACAUAAAAGAGGGUAUUGUGGUGGACAAAAGUGUUAAAGAAGCCGUGGUCCAGGAUGGACGUGUAAAUGAAGAGGAACAUGUUGUAGAGAAGGUGGUUGAAGGUGGUUGUACAGAUGUAAGUAAUCCAUUGUAACCAUCCAUCAAAGAUCUUUACAGUUUAUUCUUACUGUCACACCAUUUUAUUUUUAGGAAACGAAAUCAUUUCUUUAUUUUGAAAUACGUACUUUUUUCAAAUAUGCUCCUUUCUUCACCCUAUACUUUCUAGGAUUUAAGUAAUAAACAGUUCCUUCUACAUUUUCUUAUAGUUAAUAUAGUUAAUAUAGUUAGUUUAUAUAUAGUUAGUUAGUAUUUUGUCUUAACUCCCUUAGAUUUAGUAAACAAUUUUGCCAGCAUUUGAAUAAUUCUACAUAAUAGCUUGCAAUGCUCACUUUUCCUGGUUUAAUAAGUAAUUUUAAAAACAUUAUAGCUAACAAAACUCUGUAUUGCGUUGCCUGUUUACGGAUUUUAAGUUUGUCUAAACCGUUCAGUUAUUGUUUAUAGUACACAAAAAAUAAUCCAUAUUUUUUUGUCCCUACCACAUGCCUAAGUUUGUGCAUCACUAACCAUGAAUUUAAUGCUUCGGUUCAAAGCUGACUACAAUGAGGUUGAAGAUUAUCCAAAACUUUGGCCUUUGGAUAACCUUUCGGCAAAACUGGCACCCCUGUAGGAAGCAGUUAAUACGAACACUAUAAAAUGUUCGGGGGACCAGCAAGCCUGAACCUGUUAUAUUUUUAUAUUACCAUCAUGUUAGUUAUUUCCUUUUUUUCUAGAAAGCUUAAAAACUGAGUUAAUAAAUGAAAUUUUAUCUUGGAAACUUUAUUCCUGAUUUAGUUCAAGGUAAUGUUUUAUUUAUUUCGUAUAUUUUUUUAUCUUUGUGUCUCGCAGGCAUUAUCAUUAUCUUUACUAAAAGCCGCAUGUCUACCUCCACCUAAGCCACCAAUAAUCAUUACUUGAUUACUAUUAUAUUUACCCCGGCGUUUUGACGCCGGGUUUCCCGGCUAGUUUAAGAAAAAUUAUCCGUAUAUCUGCGUUGGACACUGGUAAUAACUUUGCUACGCGAAAAUGUCUAUGCUUUAUGGCUAUGAAUAAAUGAAAAUAUAUUUCCAGCUAUUAACAUCGAGCCAUAUCAAUCAAUCAGUCUAUAUUUCCAAAAAUAAACAAAAUAAUUUACAGGAACAUACACGAAUUAACCUAUAGCAGGCUUUGCUUAUGCAGAUAUAUGUAUAUAUAAAACAAAAUGAACAACAAUAACUAGUUUGUGAUAAUAUUUUGACCAUGACGUUAUCAAAAUAUCGAUUUUCAUUUUCAAAAAGAAGUAAACAAAUAUCAAUAAAACACUUUUUCCUUGGAACAUAUACAAUCAGCAUUACAAAAUUAGCUAGAUAUAGCUACAUAAACAAACUGCUCACAAUACAGCCUACUAGGUCGGCUACGAAGUAGAUAAUUUGCAGAAUAUACUUUAAAGCACGAUAGAAUCUGUGGUACCUCCGAAUCCAUAUUAUGUUAAAGAAAAGAUUGCCUGGGGUGGAGUUUGGUCCAUAGUCUUUAUAAAAAAAACCGAAACAAAAGGAUAUAAUUGUAACAACACGGAUAGUAAAAAAUAUCUAAGUGUAAAAAAUGUAAAUUUAGAAGUCAUUUCUCGUGGUCCAUACAGGUAAACACAUCGAAACCGGAGGCUAAAACACCCACGCAGGACAAAUAUUACAUCGCCCAAGUUCCUUUUUGUUGUUGUUUUGGAAAUGAGUGUUUGGUAAUUCUGUAUAUUCGUUGAUAACUGAAUGUUAUUCUCUGACCUAACAUACUAAGAUAAAAUACAAAUCGGGUUAACUAUCGGAUAAAUAUAAACGGGAUACAUAUACACGUCCCUUCCUACUUUUUUUUUUAUUUUUUUUUUUACCCUAGGAAAAUAUAUAAAUCCUUCAUUCCUAUUUCAUAAUAAAAUCGUUGUAUCGAGACGGUAACCGUCUCUCUCGUGUUGAGCGUCUUGGUAAGGGAGCAGGUGGAGGAGUUGAUCCCUGCUCAGUUGAAUGUGUUGAAUAAUAUUUGUUAUGGUUCUGAAGAUAUAUUUACUUCACAAUGUACAUACAUAAAUGUUUACAGUCAGCUUAUAUAUAGUCUUUACAUGGAACUUGCUAGAAAAUACCUAGUAUACAAGAAAAAACGUCUAGAAUGUUCCAGAAACAAAGAUGGUGUCUAGUCACGGGUGGUUCGAAGCGGAAUCUAAGAGUUAGCGCAUGCGCGGGUUUUUAACGACAUCCGUGGAGGAAUAAUGGCGGCCGGCAUCAAACUACGUAGUCAAAACAAACCAAGAGCAAGUUUAAAUCUAUUGUUAUCCUCCCAUCUAAUAUUCCAAUAGAUCUAAUUUAGCCGUAAACGAACAUGUGAUAAGUCAACGAAGAGGCUCAGCGAAACAUUUUUGUUGUAGUGGAGCUAGGUACGAGGAACAAGACUACUCAAGUAGAUGAAAGAAAAAAUCAAGAUUUUUGCUUAUUUGCGUUACGUUGCUAACGUCAAGGGGGAUGUUAAAGAAGCAAUCAUGUAUCACAUUUUGAUAGUGUUUGGCGUUUUUCACUAACGAUCCAUUGUCACGAAAUCGCUGCAGGUUUGUGUUCAAACUGUCCAAGCUACGUUUUGGAAAAGAUCCACGAAUAAAUUUUGGGAUGCAAAGUUGGUCAGUCUUUAUGCUGCACCAGAGACAACAGUGACGGCCUGUAAAAUUUAAAACACUAAGAUGCAAGUUUGAUGUCAAAAGUGGCAAGCCAUCGGGAAAUAUUUCGCAUAAGGUUCCAUGGCAAAUUCAAGGUGGCUUUCAUGGCGGCAGCAGUCUCAGCUGGAAUGGAGACAUGAUGGAUUUCUGCGAUUAUUUGUUUUCGCUGCUCCUUGUCACAUUUUUUCAUGAUCGCAGCUGUUUGUUUCACAAAUGCAUCAUUUGAAUUUCCUGAAAUCAUGUUGAUUAUAUUUUUAGCUGUUUUGCUCCGAUCAGAUAAGCUUCUUUUACUACUUUCAUUUGAUAACUUUCUUGGCAUGCUGAUCGGUGUAACCGUUAUUGGCUAAAAUAAAGAAAUGUUUUUUAUUUUUAGUCUUUGUUAGAUAUAUAAUAUAUAUAUAUAUAGUAGAAAUAUGAAUAAUUUUCAGGUAAAUGCAGAAAAAUAUGUAUAUUCUAAAUGUUUAUUUAUAUACCUGUGGUCCUUUUGUAGCAAAUUGAAUUGUUUGAUUCGGUA